GGAAAUGUUGAACAAAUGUUUUUACGUUAUCAUGUUCCUUUUUAAAAGGGAACAGGAUGACACUGUAAACAGAGGAAAUGAUUGGGCAAUUGGUGUCAAGAAUGGCGUAUGUUGUGCAUUGUUUUAUAGAAUUUUGAGUCGAUACACUAAACAAUUAACUUCCUUUUAAGACGUUUGGUUGCUGGAUUACCAUGCAUAAAACAUCUUUCUGAAGUUUAAAAGUGGGGAAUUCCCAUUUGGAAAAAUUCAUGUCACAGAAAUAAUAUCCUGAAUUGUGUAUGUUGACAUAGUGGAUGUACUGUCGUGUCUUGUGAAAAUUAGAUAAAGGAGUUACCAUCUGAUCUCACAUAUGUCCAAGUGUUAAUGCACCUGAGCUCUUCAUGUGGUUCACAUGCCACUGGGUUCACAGAAACAUGUUUGGCUUUUGUAUUGUUGCCAAGAACUGUAUAACACUCAUUUGGAUGCAGAAGCAGUGAUAAGGUUUCUGCUAGUUGACUUUGUACUGUUUAUUUAUAAAUGCUUCAACGGAGCAGAGCAUUCGUGAUAAAAGAGUGAAAAUGUUACCAGUAGUUUGAUAACCUGUUGGGAGAGUAUAUUCAGAGCUGGACAUAAUCAGCAGUAAAUUAAUCCUUAGGAAGGAAGCAAUGAAUUCCAUCUUCAGAGUUGUGUUUCCAUUACUUCUUUUCACUGUUGUCCCGGUGUGGCCUUGUUUCAGAUCAUGCUGCAACUGUGGAAGCAUGACACCACGGGAUCCAUACAUACUUCUAGACUCGGAGCUGGUCCUGAAAUGCACACUCAACUCCUCGGCUCCUUAUGAUUCCUCCCGGUUGUACUUCUCACUUAAACCCAAUAAUCUAUCCAUUCCUGAGAGGGAAAUCCCUAUGAAUUAUACCAGCAUUAUAAACAAGAAGACCAUAUCAUUGAGGAAGACCAUGAGGUCUCUAGAAGAGGCAGGCUACUAUUACUGUAAGAUCAGAGAUGUUCAGCAGUCCAUCAGUAUGGUAGACAGGCAGGUGGUAGAACUAGAGUAUCCCCUCCGAAAUGUGACAAACUUCCAUUGUGAAAUCUAUGACUGGGAUGUAAACAAGACAUGUACCUGGGACCUUGGAUAUUACGCUAAUCCAAAUAACAUCAAUGUAACCCUGUAUGGGAAUAAUGGAGGAAAAUUUUGGCAUACAUGCCCCAAAAUGCUAAAUAAUCAGCAGUGUGUGUGGGACCAAACAAAAGAUGAUGUUGUAAUUAGCUCAGGGAGCUCAUGGACAUAUACAGUCCUCACGAAAAACAUCAAGCUUAACAAUGCUACAUAUGUCAAGCAUACUAUUCAAGAAAUUACAUCUAUAGUGAGACCCUCUCCAGUUAAAUACUUGAACAUAUACAACACAACAUACAAAGACUGUGUGACUGUCACCUGGGAGUAUAAUCGACCAAACCGAGUCCAGGCAGUGGAGAUAAGGUACUCCAAAUUCCAGAGAGAUGAUGACGUACUUAAGACAGUGAUAUUGAAGAACAGUGCUGUCAAUGCCACAGUAUGUAACCUCACUGCCUACACUGACUAUCUGUUUGAGAUUCGAGUCAAGCCACAGAAUUAUGCUGGAAAUAUCACUGGAUAUUGGAGUCAAUCUACCAGAAAACUUUAUAAAACCAUUGGUGAUAAUCCCAGUGCAGCCCCUGUACUUACCCUGGGAAGUUACAUCAAUGAUCAGGAACAUUGUGUCAGUGACAUGGAUAAUCGUCGAGUUGUUGUUUUGUGGAAGUCAAUAACGAAUAUGGAAUCCAAUGGAAAUGACACAUACUAUGAAGUCCACUACCGUCAGAUUGGAGACACACAGACAGACAGGAAGGUGGUGAAGGAGAGAAUAAUGAAGGUAGACCUGGACCUGAAGUGUAGGAAGGGUUAUAACAUCCACGUCUACGCUAUCAACGAGUUUGGCUUGUCUUCUGUCUACGGAUCCAUUCAUAUUCCACCCAAUGGCACUGUAGAGAUGCCUAAGAAUGUUCAGGUGGAGACAGAUAACAAACUGGUCAAUGUUUCCUGGGACUACAACCCAAACAAAAAUGUCAGCUUCACAGUCUACUGGUGCAGCAAACGAGGGCUGAGAAAAGAAGUCAGCUGGAAGGUAGCAGGCUUUGGGAAGUCUUCCUUGGUGUUCAAUGCCAAUGAGUUUCAUGAAAUAAGCGACCUUAAGUUUGGAGUAUCAGCUGACUCACUCACAGACAACAUCAGCAGUGGAUUUGAAUGGAUCACUUGUGUUUACAAUAGCAAUGAAGCACCUGCCUCUCCAAGAAAGGUCUCUAUUUUAUCCAACAAAGAUGGCCUGGUCAUAAACUGGAUUCCACCAACUUGUGAUGGAUUAACCUCCAAACCAGUCAGGUACCAACUCUCCUGGUGUCAGAUAAAGGAUAAAUCAGACCUUUGUCAAGGUUCUUGGAUGACCAGGGAUAUCAAGGCUCACGAUUCUGUGGAUUACGUCUAUCAAUUAUCAGAGCGGGAUGUAGAGAUGUCCAAGUGGUACAGUAUUGUCAUCAGAUCCAUUUCUAACUCAGACAAGGUAUCUCCUCCGACAGACAUGUUCACUGGCAGACCCGUCAGAAGCUAUAUGAUUGCUGAGGAGAUUAUAGGCAUAGCAUUAGCAGCUGUUAUUGGUCUCAUUUUCUUUGCUGUUGGUGUGUUGUUUAUCAUUAAACACUGUUACCAUGCUGUGAAGAGUGCUGUAAAACUAGAUCCCAUUCAUCUUCCAACAGUUCAAACUAGUAACACAGCAGGAAGUGGUGUUUUGUCUGCUUACAAAGAAAACUCAACAGAGACUGAGCCCCCGAGUCCUAUACAGAUACCCCAAUCUACCUCACCCCUCAUCAAACAGAAUGGGGUCCCUUUCCAAUUCCAGUACAGCAUGGACAGUGGGAGAGGGAGCCUUCCAGUGGAGGAUUUCCUGGACCAUGAUCUCAAACAUCAUCCAAUUCCGGAGAUUGCCACUCCAGAUGGAUCCGUACCAAAGGACCCAGUUCCAUUUCUCUCUCUGUCCUCACCUCUAUCUUCACCAAGUCAGGAAAGCUGCUUGAAUGUGGAGGGAGUUGAUAAUGGCCUAAAAGCCAGCAGUUUGGAAGGAAGUGUAGAGUGGAACUCCUCACUUGCUCAAUAUAGAACAAUUUGCCAAGAGUCUGAUUCUUCAUCGGAUGAUGAGACUAGUAGUGUGGCCAGCGAGAUGCAAGAAGAUGAAAUUAAACCUUAUAUUAAAGCUGGCUCCCAUAGUUCCUUGGACAAUAUGGACACCUUGCCUGGCUACCUGAAUGAUUGUGUCAAGUCAGGGUCAUCUGAAUCUGAUGGAGAAAGGCAUGGAAAAUGUUGCUCAACAACAAACAAAUUACUAACACAUUCCUCUCUAAAUGUAACAAACUGUAUCUGCUGUACAGAGCGAGAAAAUGUUAGUCAGAACUUAACUAAGAAGACUUCUCUACAAAAUAACUCACCAAUGUUCGAAGCUCAAGUCAUAUCAAGUAGUAUCCAUCCUAACCCAGCAUUUGAUCAAGGAGAAUUACCAUCUAGUGGAAUGAUAAAGCUCCCUGCUCUAGAAAUGUGUAACAUUCUAAUGACGGUUGAGAGCUCUUGUUCAAUAGAGAAGAGACUGUGUGCUGAUGAGGUGGACAAUGUAUCGGUGAAUUCAACCGAUUCCUCAGACUCUCAGAUCUCGGCUAAAGACGUGGGCAGUGUUUUCACUUCCAGUGGGGAUAUAAUGGCCAGUUCAGACUAUUUACCAGUCGAUUCUGUACAGUUUAGUUCGUCAUGUUUUUCUCUCUAUGAUAGUAGCACUUAUCUUUCUUGAUUAUGUUUGAUAUUUCAAUGUUCGUCCAAUUUUAAAGAUGUCCAAAGUAAGGUUUUUUUUUUUCUUAUGAGAUUCCUUGUUAAACUAUUUUAAGAGUACCAAGUAGUUUUUUGUGCAAUUAGUUUUCCUUUGAUUGUUAUGUUGUUUUGUUGUAGUGUUAGAUAUUAAGGGUAUGGUUUAUGCUUAGGCUCAUUGGAGCAAAUUCCUGAUUUAUUCUGCUAAUCUGAUUAUUUUGUCCUAGGUCUGAUCAGCAAACCUGACAAUAUGUACCUCUAAUAGUUUUAUGAUGGUCUGACCAUUUACAAAGUACUUGUGUGACUUUUAAUUUGUUUUAACUAUAAAACAACUGUCUCAAUAUAUUUGGCAUACAUCACAGAUAUGAUACAUAUAAUAUAUGUGUUUGUUGAUUGAUUGAAGUUUGCUGUAGUAAUGGAAUUCAGAUCUGCUCAGAUAUUUUUUGUCUUUCCUGCUUUAACCACAUGUACAUGUUACACCUUUUAUCUACCAGUGGUCAAUAUUGUCUUGAUAAAAUAUUAAAUUUUUUUUUCAUGAAAAUACUUUAUAUUUUUCCAUCAUUUAUUCAUCUUUUCACAUACAUUUAAAUAUUUUUCUUACAAGAAGUUUUCAUUGUCAUAAAUGUAAUUUACUCAGGUGAGCAAUGUAACACAUGGGUUCUUUUGUAUGAUAUUAUCUUUUGAUGAUACAGUUAUAACUUUGACGCACAUUUUGUUAUUAAUGUUUUCCCACUUUACUUUUUUGCCUUGAAUAAUGAGUAAUACCAGGUUAUGCUGGUCAGCAAACCAACCUCUUGGUAAGAAAUAUCUAAAACAGUUGAUUGAUAUAUGAAUAUUUAGUUCCCUUUGAAUAAAAUGGUUUUUUUUUUUAAAUUUUUUUAUGACAAGCAACAGUCAGCGUUAUAAAUUUAUUGUUGAUUGGUAAAGGGGUGCAAUAUCUCUUCAGGGAAAUUUUUGUUUCUUUUGUUGAAGACUUGUUUACUGGUGCAUAGUAUGCCACUUAUACAUGUAAUUCUAGUCAUAAAUAGGAGCUUUAAAUUACUGGCAAUUCAUGUACUGUGUGUUCUCUAGUAUUGUGUUCAGUUUUUAAAUAUCAGUCACAAAUGAUAAUGGUACACUGUCUCAUUUUAGAAAAUGGAUUUUUUUUCUAUUAUUACCCUCUCACAGUUGAUAAAUCCAUAAGUGUGAUUAUUGUGCCAUGUAUUUUGAUCUGUUUAUAAUGAGUUUAUAUGAUACUAAUAUAUUAUAUGUGAUGAGUUUAUAUGAUACUAAUAUUAUUGUGGAACAGAUAUUACUUGUGUUUAUUUCUGUUUAUAUAUCAGGAAGAAAACAUUUUGUUUCUGUAAUCCUACAUUGCGAACAAGGAUACAUUGUUAAUAAUUUCAAUUGAUUUUUUCUCUUUUGACAAAAUUAUUAACAACGUUGAUUCUAUUUUUUUAUGCUUUUCAUGCAAUUCCUUUGUGUCUGAAUUCAUACAUUCUGAAAAAUGUCACAUUGUUAAACACAAAUUUCUUUUUACAUUUCUUAAGAAAUAUUGGUCAGGUUUUAUUAACUACCUCAAUAACCAUAUCAUACUCAUUCCUCAUUAAUUCUUUUUAAAUUUGUAAUUCAUGCAAUUCAUUUCAUCAUCGUAUUUUAUCCAUAUUAAAAAUGGGUCAGAUAUUCAAAUUAUGAAAAUAAUAUAAUAGACAAAUAUCUCCUGCCCCCUCCCCACAAAUAAACUUUAGGGGAGGGAGGUUUAUUGAAAUCAUAUGAUCUGUUUGUCCAGGUCAUAUGAAUUUUUGUGAGUGAAAAAAAUAUCAUACUUAUGUUUUUUCUUAAAAUCCACAUGAAUUUUUAUUUUAUCAUCUUCUAUAAGAAAGUAAUUGAAUGUCUUAGAACUAAAUCAGAAUGCUACUCUUUCAUUUUCUCUCUCAGUAACCAUGAAAAUUAAUUUAGCAGCCAAACAAAAUCAAAACUUUUGAAAACUUAUGAUGAGAAUGCAUGGUCACACCCAAAUUCAUAAUUAAAAACAUAUCAUAUGCCUCAACAACAGAAGAUUAUAUUGCUCAAUUUGUCUUCCAUUAGAUCUUGUUAUGUAGAAUAAUGACACAUUCCAGUUGUACAUAUUCAAAAAAAGGUUUUUGUGACUGUGUUAAAAAAAUGUUAAUAAAUAAAAAAAAAAAUACCCAAA